CGCAACCUCAAGAGAUAAGCAACAAAGACCAACACUCCGACAUGCCCAAGGUAAAGCAACUUGUGCGAGACAGCCAAAACAUUGUGGCGGACAUGGUGGAGGGCAUGGCUCUCUCUCAUCCGCACCUGGUGCUAGAGCCGAGCGAGCGUGUGCUGUUGCACCGCGACUACGUGGCCAUCCGCGAGCGCCAAGUGACGCUCAUCUCAGGCGGUGGCAGUGGCCACGAGCCCACUCAUGCCGGUUACAUCGGCGAAGGAAUGCUGACCGCUGUGGUCUGCGGUGGCGUGUUCGCCUCGCCCUCCACGCAGCAGGUUCUAACGGCCAUUCGCCUGGUCGCAGGCCCGCACGGCUGCCUGGUCAUCGUAAAAAACUACACGGGCGAUCGCCUCAACUUCGGUCUUGCCGUAGAGCAAGCCAAGGCUGAAGGCCUCAAAUGCGACAUGGUUGUGGUCGGAGAAGACGUGGCCGUCGUGAACGCCAACGCAGGACGCCGUGGACUCAGCGGCACCGUGUUCGUGCACAAACUGGCAGGUGCUGCUGCGCAGAAGAAGAAAGAUCUGGCAACUCUUGUCAAAAUGGUGAGCUGUUUGAUAUCCGAGAGCAAUUUGGGCACUAUGGGAGUUGCCAUCAAGCCCUGCACUCUUCCAGGCCAAGAAGAUACGUCCAGGGAAUGGGGAGACAACGAGAUGGAAGUCGGACUGGGUAUCCACGGUGAGCCUGGUGUUGCCAAAUGUGAGCAACAAAAUGUACCAUCACUCUGCAGAAUGUUGGUCGACAAAAUCACAGAGCAGUCCUCCGUAGGCCUGGGUCUGCAACAAGGCAGCAAGACCGUGCUUAUGGUCAACAACCUAGGAUCUACAACUGGAAUGGAGCUGUACGUUGUUGCCAAGUACGCCGUUGAGACACUCAAAGCCAAGGGUAUUGAACCUGAAAGAGUAAUGGUCGGUUCCUUCAUGACAGCCUUGGAUAUGGCAGGCUUCUCCCUCUCACUAUGGAACUCCAACGGUGACGUUGAGAUGCUGGCUCUAUUCGAUGCACCCACGUCAGCUCCAGCGUGGACAUACUCUCCCUUCGAUCUCACGCAAUCGACAAGUUCUGGCCCUUUCAUUAAGGCGGCAACUCCAGCUCAAGCACAGACAUUCAACCGUCCAAGUGAGCUCUCGAACAAGGGACUUUUACUCGAGAAAUGCAUUCUAGCAGUGUGUGAGACGUUGAUCAAGAAUGAACCGCAACUGACCAACUGGGACACGAAAGUGGGCGAUGGAGACUGCGGCACCACGUUCAAGAAUGCUGCUGAAGCCAUCGUGGCUGACUUGAAGGCUCAUUAUCCACUUAAUGACGCAACGCAGACGCUGCGUGCUCUUGCAGACUCGGUGGGACGUAGCGCUGGUGGUACUUCUGGCGUGUUGUACGUCAUCUUCUUGACUGCUGGCUCGCUGCAUCUUGAGAGCUGUAAGGAAGACGACGCUGCGGCGUGGAUCGGCGCUUUCCGUGCUGGUACCGCUGCAGUCCAGAAGUAUGGAGGUGCGAAGGAGGGCUCUCGUACGAUGGUGGAUGCUCUGGUGCCCUCGCUUCGUGCUCUUGACAACCCGACUUCGAAGACUGGGGCUGAAUUGGCUAACGUUGCAGCCAAAGCUGCGCAAGAUGGUGCUGAUGCCACGGCCAGUAUUUCCACCAAGCAGGCAUUCGGUCGUGCUGGAUACGUCGGGGAGGAGUUCGGUGCAGGUAUUCCGGACCCUGGAGCCAAGGCUGCUGCGUUCUGGAUCCAGGCCAUAGCAGACACACUGAACUCGAGCUAA